UCGCGGUCUCGCCCGCGUCCACUAGGAGGUACUGUUCUUUUUUGUUGCCAGGACAAUUUUACCACAGAAGAAGCCGAAAAAGGACGGUGGUGGCGUAGGAGAAGAUUAUUGUUUUGUUUUCAGUGCAAUUUCUAAGGAUUUACUAUAAAUUUGAAGAGAUGGCCGAUUUACUGACAGUGUAUGACGAUGACCAGGCCAACACCUUCAUUGAUUGCAGGAUCUGCGACAAAAGAAUAAGAGGAGACACCCAGUACAAAGUACACGUGACCACGUUACACCAUUUGAAGAAAGAGGAAGCCCUUGUUGCGAAGGGAGUUAUUCCAAGACAACCUGCAUUGCCACAAUGGACGGAUAUCCGAGAUUAUUUGAAAUACCUGGAUCUUAAUGAGCCCAUCAUUGGUCUCAACGCACUGGUACAGAUUCCGGAUCUUGACAGCGAUGAUGGCAAAUCUGUGUUGAAGUACAAGUGCAAAAUGUGUUUUGUGGAGAUGGACCUUUUCAGUAUGGUGGCCCAUAUCGUUGGACGCAAACACAGACAAAAAUAUCUGGAGCUGAAAAGGCCAGAUUUAGUCACAUGGCACGACACAGAAACUGCACAGAAGCAGCCAGGUCUCGUCGCCAGAGCAAAAGCGGCCGUAGUUGAGAAACAGGAGGGAUGGGGAACCCCAGAGCAACUCAAAAAACCACAAGACAAAUUCGGAAAUGUGGGGAAAGCAGGAAGUAAUUCUCGGUCCAGUGUUCGUGAACAGCCCAAUCUUGGACGAGACUCUCAAAGGCAAACUUUAAUUAAAGAUAGACAGCCAUACUCAAAUGAAGGCAGAUCUGAAAGGCUCUAUCAUACUAGGGAAAAGUACGACCAGUAUGAUGGACCUAAUCCAAGACCGUACGGAGAACCUGCCGUUCGUGGUACCUUGCGAGAAGAAUAUUCUGAAAGGAUAAAAAGAGACAUGAAUGCUAGGCCCUAUGAAGACCAGGGCCGUGGAAUGAGACCUCCUGAAGAAGGUUAUGAGGAUGGAAAUUUUGGCAGAAAACAGUACUCAAGUGAAGAUAGACAUGGUCUCGUACCCAAAGACUAUGAUUUCCAAGAAAAUGUUUAUGAUGAUGAUGAUGCGCCAAGAAACCGAUAUAAUGACAGAGAUCUUAGAAUCUACAAUUCAGGUCAGAGUUACGGAGAUGCAAAAUAUGAGCAGGGGCUAAUGGAUGCUAGGAUGUAUUCAUCUUAUGAAGCAAGAAGACCUGACGUGGAUGCUAUGGCAGAGUAUGGCAGAAUUUUUAAUGAGAAGGAAGAAAGGGGAAAUUUUGGAGAAUAUGACCGCCGGACACAGGGUUCAUAUUCCGAGGAUCCGGUUCCAGCCAAGAGGAAAAGAAAGAGCAGGUUCUCUGAUGCAACGCCAGAAGAAAUUGCAAUUACAAACACAAGACAUACUGUAGAAUAUGACCACAAACCAGGACAGAGACCACAAAACAUACCGAGAGGACCACCUAUUCAAGGGAUUCCUUCGCUGUUUGAUAUCCCAGUUGAGGAUUCCGGAAGCACAUCCAGUUUUAAUCCAAAAGCGGAAAGUGUUCUGGAUGUACUUAAUGACAUCAAAAUUGAAAAUAUGGAAGAUGCCAAAUAUCUCAAAGAAAGGCUGUGCACAGUUUUAAAAGAAUUUCAAGCAUCUAAAGGUUCAAGAAGUGUGGGUCAUACUUCAGUCAGUGAUUACAGAGGGGGCAAGCAGAUGGACCAGCAGAGAGAUGCAUAUGAUAACACCCUAAGGGAUGAUCCACACGGUAAAUACUUAGAAAACAGAGGUUUCCAAGAGGACAGACGGUAUGACAACGAUCCCAGAAUUUUCCCAGAAUCCAGACAAUACGAAGAUGACCCCAGAGCGUUUCAAGAUUCCAAACGAUAUGAAGAUGACCCCAGAGCGUUUCAAGAUUCCAAACGAUAUGAAGAUGACCCCAGAGCGUUUCAAGAUUCCAAACGAUAUGAAAAUGACCCCAGAGCGUUUCAAGAUUCCAAACGAUAUGAAGAUGACCCCAAAGCGCUUCAAGAGGCCAGUCAAUAUGAAGAUGACCCCAGAACGUUUCAAGAGGCCAGACAAUAUGAGGAUGACCCCAGAGGUUCUAGAGAUAACAGACAUUAUGAAGAGCCAAGGCGUUAUGACAAUUAUCCAGGUGAUUCUUCUUUUGGAGAAGCAAGGCAGGACGCUGAUGAUCCCAGAGGAUUUCCGAAGACAAGGCUGCAAGACAAGUCAAUAGAUUUUUCAGAGAGUAGAAGUUAUGACAAAGAUCUUAGAGUAAACUAUGAAGGAUAUUCAAAAGGUACACAAGAGGUCCGACUUCAUGCCGAAGGUCCGAGAAGCGCUCAAGAGGCAAGGUAUUAUGAUGAUGAUUACAGAGGUUUUGAAAAUGUGGAUGUUGGAAGAAAUUGGGAUCACCAAAGGAGUUUAUUGGAUGACAAAGGCCCUGUGGAUGAGAGAGCAAGUUUUGGUAAUCCCCACAAGUCCUUUCAACCAUCUUCUCUAGUUGGGGAAACAAGGAUGUAUGAUGGGAGAGGACGACAUCAGGAUGUCCGUUACCCUGGUGAGGAAGUUUAUGACCCAUUCCACCCAUCACCUUCUCCACCACCAGCAUCAACAAACUCCACAAGUCUCAACAAAAUCGCCUCAACUCUUCUAGAGCUUGUUUCCCGUAGAUAAAAUGGGGUUCAUUUAAAUCUAAGAUGGCUUACUAGUCAGCCUAAAGAGCAUCAUAAUGACCAAGUUGUUAAUGACAAUGCUACAUAACAAUGGUUAACUAGAAUUUAGUUUUAUUUUUGGGGGACUGUUUGAUCUCAUUUAAGUAAUUUUGAAUGAAAGCAUGUGAUAAACGGAUUGUUGUUUUCAAUAGUUAACUGUUCUUGCUGUAUUUCAGUUUGUAGUUCACUCGCUGUUUUUAUAUCAUUUAUUGUGUUGUGAAAUAAUACUGGUUUGUUAAAAAAAAGAAUGUGUUUACAUUCAAAUCAUUCUUUAAUUUUCUUUAGUGAAUAAAUAGUGGCGUCUGUUCUGUACUUUGUACGAUUAUAAUUUUUUGAAACAAUAUAAAUAAGCAAUGCUU